AUGGCGAAGAAGAAACGCAGAGUGCCGGAGGUUCUGUGGAGACUUUUCCACAACCGCGCUCGUCCCCUAGCCGAUACGAUCAUAUCUCUGAUUUCAUUGUCAUCGUUUGAAUGCCGGUGCAAGGUUCGGGGAUGCCUCGGUUGCGCCGGCGACGAAGCGAUGUCGUUUCUUCGUAGGCCGGACGAUCCCUCCGACUAUCACAAGCUACUGACUCAGUGCUACGUUGUUGUCUCCGACAAUGCGCCUCCGUUCUCGGUGUUUGAUCCCGCCUGUCGGUGGUCACAACUUGAGAUUGUUAGGAGGUCUAUUGAAAUGAUAAUGCGUGAGCAGCCCACAUCUUCUAAUGUGAUAUGCAGUGGCUAUGACAAGGCAAAAUAUGUAACAGCUUGUCAUUUAAGUGGGAGUGACUUCAACUCUUCAAUAAUCCUUGUAUUUUGUGGUGAUGAUUUCAUUUAUAUCGGACAGCACAGCCGUUCAAGUGCCAUUGUUGAGCUUUUAACAUGUUCAGCAUGGGGACUUUUCUUAGCACGGGUUGGUGAUGGGAUAAUGUCUUAUUUACUGAAGUAUUCGUCAAUAUUUUUGCCCCUUUCUCGUAAGAAAUACCAUCAGGUGGCUGGUUUUUCUACCAGUGAUUUGUGCUUCAAUUACUCAAAGCAUAUAUCAAAGAUUGAGUUUCAGCAUCCUCCACUCGUCCUUCUUGGUAAACAGUAUUUGAAAUCUGGUCGUCGCUUGAAUUUCCGAUUUGCUGUGUUAUUCAAUGUAGAACUUUCAGGGUUUCCAAAGAAGAGGAAAAGAGUUGAUGAAGUAGACUCAGCGUCAGAGAACUGGCAACCUAGUACUUAUUUUGGUGUUGAUGUUCCAUACAGUUCUGUUAAUUGUGCUGGCUGUAGUGGCAGAAGCUGUUCAGUUUCAUUUAGUGGCGACUGCAAGAAAAAGUUCUGUGAAGAGAGUUUAUAUGAAGAAGCUUCUGUAAGCAAUGGAGCUGAUGAUGCUAAUAAUAAAGGGGAUCCUAGUAGGAAUUGCCAAGAAAGCUUAAAUCAGAGUCUUGCAAAGACAAGGAAGCGUUUCAGAUGGUAUAGUUGGCGACGGCAUAGAAAGCGAAAGCAAUUGACAUACCAUGAGACCUUUUCUUUGAUCCCUUGCACGAGUAGUCUCAUGAACAAAGAAAGCCUAAGAUCUUGCCCUGAAAAGGUGACUUUCGCUGAAGUUUAUUUGCUUUGUUUUCAGUUUGAAACUAUGCCUUCACAGUGCUCUUGUUGUUUGGUGUUGCAAACUCUCCGUGGUGUCAAAGAAUGCUCUCAGAUUAAUAGGCAACCCUUGUUCUAUAAUUUGGAACGCUCUUCAUACGUUCUACCGAGAAAACACAUAUUAAAUUCUCUGAAACCCAAUCUUUCUGAUGCAAAUGUUCUGUUCAAGGAUAUCUUUGGCUUAUCUGACAAUAAUAUUACUGCUCAGUCAGUCACAUGCUGCCACAGUAAUAGUUCGUGUCUCAUUGGAUUCACCUGCAUAUAUCACUCGUUUGUUAAGUUGCUUAAAAUUCUUAUACACAAGGCUCAAUGUUGCCAGCAUUUGAGGUUACUGGAUAAGCACUGUCUCAUUCAAUCCUUAAAUCAAUCCACUAAUGAACAUGAUGGCUCCAUGCUUGAGCAAAAUGAAUGUGGGACAGUUUCACUUGCGAAAGAGUAUGAUGGAUUUCAGCUGGAAGGUGAGCUGUGCAAGUCUUAUUGUCUGAAGAAGCAGGUAGUGUCAUUUAUAUGGGCUGUUUGCAGGAGUAUCAUUCCUCAGGAUUUACUUGGAACUACUUCUAAUUGGAGAAUUUUAAGGAAGCACAUCUCCAGUCAGAUUUCGUCCAAAAGAAAUGGGGUAAGGGCACUAGCAAAUCUCAAAGCAUCAUCAAGAAUACCGGCAAAGCAACCCUCUUUUAGAGUUCAAUCUUGUGGGCUGCAAGGAAAAGUUUCCUUGCAUCCAAAAAGUGUUAAAUAUGACAAUUUUAGGUCUGUGAAUGGCGUACUUCGCGAUUUGCAUGUUGUCCUAAAAGGUAUACAAUUGAAAGAACCAGAGAAGUUAGGUUCAUCAAAAGCUGCACCCUUUCUUAUCGGUUUUGAAGAGCAGAUCGGGCACCAUGCUGGUGUUUUCAUUGUCGUCUCUGAUGUAUCAAAAGCUUUUGACUCUAUUAAUCAGGAUAAGCUGCUUACUGUGAUGAAAGAUGUGGCACUGAAAGAUGGAUAUCUUCUUAAAAAGUCUCAUCAAGUUGUCUGUGCUGAAAAAUCUUUAUGG